UCCACCCUCGAAAUUCGUGUUCGGGAGGCAAAAAUACAUAGUAAUAACCUUGGUGAUCUACUGGCCAUUCAAGUCCGACGAAAAGUGCUCAGCGCCUAUAGUCUACUUCGUUUCUUGUACAUUUUACUCGCUUGUAUCGUCAGUUAGUAGAUCGUCAGCGACUCUCAAGUCUCAGGCCUCAGCUCCUUGAAUUUGUAUGUCGGGUUUUAGAGGUUAUUUUGUCUGUACGAAGGUUUAAAAAUGAACGCAUUUACUGCCCGAGUUCCUCCAACCAGAUUUGGUGUUCUGGCAACAGGAGCAGCAGUGACUGCAACAAUAGCUGCUUCUUUAAUUGAGCUUUUGCCCCAUACAUUUUUCUUAGAAAAAUUUAAAAAUAUUAUUCGAAUAUACAGACUUGGAGAAGAAAUUCCGUUACAGCAUGAAGUUGAAGAUUUAUUUAAUGAAGUAUUAGAUGAUUUGAAGAUAAAAGAUACAAUCAGAAAAAAGCUUGAUGCAUUUCCCAUUGUAGGAUUUAAUUUAUAUCAUGCUGGCAUGGCUGAUAGUCAUCAGGGAGCUAUAAUAGGUAUUCCUAUUAACUAUAUGUACAAAGAUAAACUUUCAAUAGAUACUUCAGAUAUUCGUAUGGGACGUGAUAGAGAACCAAUAAAUAUGUAUCACCCAGCAGCAGAGGAUUUGUUGGAGUCACUAGUACUCUCCAAGAACGCUCAAAAGUUUGGCAUUGCGCGGGAAGUAUUGAUGGCCCAUAAGGAUUUGCCAUUGUAUAGAUCUAUUGAAUCAUCUUUUAUGGUGGCUUCAUCUAUUUUAAUAGCUGAUUUUUUUCGUGUAAAAUACAACAUAAUGAGAAGAUCUUUAGUAUGUAUGGUUUAUGGUACUUCAGCAUUGAUAGGCUAUGCAAUUUGGUUCCAAACUAGAGAUAUUUUAACUACAUAUUCUGAAAAAGAGGUAGAUAAAGAACUGUCAACGCUCGGACCUGAGUAUAUUCAAGGGGGAAAAGAAUUUUACGAUAAAAUUUUAAAAAGAAAUGUUGCUACUCGAACAUUGUUGGGUGCAGAAGGCUCAAGGCAAUUUAAUAGAGACGGAGAUGAAAUAUUUUUCAUUCGUCACAAAAGAACACCAAUUACCCAUAGAAAAAGAUUUUUCAGCGAAUUAAAAUUGGAAGGUGAAAAAGCACCUGCAUAAGUCCUGCAUGGAGUCUAUUUGUGUAAAUUGUUAAUAAAAUUCUUUUGACUAGUCGUAAAACUUCAUUUAUUUGUAUAUAAGAUUUCUAAAUAAAACAUUAUAAUUACAUUAUUA